AUGGCUCCGCCCGCGAAGCGUCGUCGGCGGAAUGUUGUCGAUGAUGAAGACGACGAGGACGAACAGCCCCGUGCAAACACUCUCACUAAAUUCCUGCUUUCUUCACCUACCUCUUCCACGAAAAGCCGCGCUCCUACAGCUUCUCCGAGUCCUACGAAACCAAAAAUCGUCACCAGCAAGCCUUCCAAGAAUGGCUCGAUCCGUCUUCCUCGUCGAACGCAGCAGCACAAGAGCAGUAGUAUAAGCCCGAGCUCCAGGCGAACGAAAGAUGUUGGUAAAGCCGCCGACAAGGGAAAGACGGCAGAUCUGAAGACUCUAUUUUCCAAUCAGGCACAGAGGGCUGUAAAACCUGGAGCUGGAGAUCGGCGAUCCGUUCCUCUUGAAGAUAUCAUCAGUGAUCCUAUCUCUGAGGACGACGAGAUCUCGGAGCAGAAAGCAAGCUCUGCUAGCUUCGUCGGCCAACACGCCAAGAAGAGACUACGAGAUAUUCCUCAAACACCGUUCUCUAGUGCACCAAGUGCUAGCCAGAAGUUCAUAAAACCACCCAAGCCAGUGCACAUUGCUGCAGCCAAUGAUGAUACGCGCCCUUGGUCGGAACGUUUUGGACCGCGUAACUUGGACGAGUUGGCAGUACACAAGAAGAAGGUAUCCGAUGUGAGGAGGUGGUUGGAAGACGUGAUAGCUGGGCGCAUGCGACAGCGUCUGCUCAUCCUCAAAGGCGCAGCUGGAUCCGGGAAAACAACAACUAUGCGACUACUUACAAGUGACAUGGGUUGCGAGCUUCUUGAAUGGCGAAAUCCUGUAGGCAGCUCCGGGUUGGGUUUUGUUUCAGCAUCGGCGCAAUUCCAAGAGUUUCUGGGUCGUGGUGGUAAAUUUGGAGCGCUAGAUACGGACAGCCCCGAAACAGCUACUCAGAGCAGCUCCCAAGUGGCACGAAACAGCGAUUCCAAACGAGUUAUCCUCAUCGAGGAGUUUCCUAACACAUUUUCAAAGUCCUCUACGGCUUUGACAUCCUUCCGCAACACCAUUUUACAAUACCUGGCCGAUAAUACGCCCUCUUUAUCCACGUUCGCAAAGCCGUCUCAACAGGAGCCUGUGACUCCUGUUGUCAUGGUGAUUUCAGAGACGCAUCUUACUACAACAUCCGCUUCAGCUGACAGCUUUACCGCUCAUCGACUUCUUGGUCCUGAGAUUCUACAGCAUCCAGGGGUUGGCAUGAUCGAGUUCAACGCCAUUGCACCCUCGUUACUCCUGAAAGCACUCGAACUAGUUGUUCAGAAAGAAGCAAGAAAGUCAGGUCGGAGAAAAACCCCAGGCCCUCAAGUUCUAAAACAGCUAGGCGAGAUCGGUGACAUCAGGAACGCUGUGUCGUCUCUUGAAUUUCUUUGCUUGAAGGGUGAUGAAGGAGACUGGGGUAACAAAGUCGUGUUUACAAAACAGACUAAAGGUGUCAAGGAUGGUAUUAAGCUUACGCAGGGUGAGGAGGAGAGUCUAGAGCUUAUAUCUCAACGCGAGGCAAGUCUGGGUAUCUUCCACGCAAUCGGAAAAGUCGUCUACAACAAGCGAGACGACAUUGCUCCUCGAAAUGAUACUGUCGAAAACCUACCGAGCUUUCUUUCACAUCAUUCACGGCCAAAGCGCUCGCAGGUUUCUGUUGACACCCUAAUUGACGAGACUGGCACCGAUACGCACACCUUCGUCUCAGCAUUACAUGAGAACUAUGUUUUAUCAUGUGAAAGCACAGAUCCUAUGGACUUAUCGACCCCGAUGGACUAUGUGAACGACUGCAUCGAGUAUCUUUCACAGGCCGAUCUCCUCUCACCAUCAAGAGACAUAUUUUUCGGCGGCAGAGGUGGCUUUUCGGGCUCGGACUCUGGUAGUCAUGUUCUACGACAGGACGAAAUAACCUUCCAGGUCGCCGUCCGCGGCAUGCUGUUCUCUCUUCCCAACCCUGUCAAGCGCAAGUCAUAUUCCACGUCAAAGGGCAGCGACGCAUUCAAGAUGUUCUACCCGACGAGUCUCAAGCUUUGGCGCGCCAAGGAAGAGCUAGAAGGAUUUGUAGAUAUGUGGUCUACGAAGUUGCUGAAGGGUGACGACGGAGCGACAAAGAACCUCACCGAUGGAGCAACAGCGUUCCGCCGCCCACAACAAAACCCUACCGAUACAUCCUGGAUGCAGCGCAAGCAGCAGAGUCGCCAGGCUCUUUUGAAGCAACAACAACAAAAACAAGAAGACGAGCCUGACAAUGCGCCCCUACUCUCCCUCGGCAGCGCAGCCCGACGCGAGAUGCUCCUUGAGCGUCUCCCGUAUAUGACUCACAUCGCUCGCGCUCGAAAGACAUCCAGCUUCCGUCUCCGCGAUCUCGAAAAGGUGGUUGCAUUCAAGGGCAUUAACGCGGCCGAUGAAGACUCCGACGCAGACGACGAUAUGCCACUCGGAGAGGCGUGGGCAACAGACAAACCAUCUGAGGAGAUGAGUCCUCGGAAAAAGAGCGCUGGUAUAAAGGCUGGCAGUGUCUCAGGACUACUCGCUCAGAAACUGGUGCUGAGUGAUGACGAUAUCGAAGAUUAA